AUGAGAGACGUCUACGUCCUCCUCGCCGCGGCCAGCAUCUUGAGCGCAGCCAACGGCACACCCAUCAACGACCCUGUCCCGCAUUCCGCCUCCCUUCCUACCACGACCUCCCUGGCGGUCCGACACGAUGACUUGGAGGCGUGGAAAACGGUCCUUCCCGCACCUACCUCGACGGCCCUAGCGGUCCGGCACAACAGUCUAUCACCCCGCCUGGGCACCGGGAUCGAUAUAGUACCCGCAGGCGCAUGGAAGGUGUUUGGCCAAAUCGUCGAAGAACCCCGGUUGAUAGCCGCCGCCGUCUUCUCGGUCGGCACCGGCAUAGCCGCCUACGAGGUCUGCCGGCUCUGGCUCGGCGAUAGGGACAACGGGAAAUGCCUCGGCAUCGGCCGUCUGAUCGUUUCUAUCAUCGUCUCCAUCUUGUCCGGCGUGUGGCUCAGCGAAAGUUUCGGUGUGACAAAGUUGUUGCCCAACGCGCUGAGUCGUCGAAGUGUCACCCUGGCAGGGCGGCUGGAAAGCGACCUGCGCUCCCGCGGCCUUGUCUUUGACAGUAUUGAUGUCAUGUCGUUGGCGAAAAGGGGCGAGGCUGAUGAUGGGGCUAAUGUCUUCAACAUCCGCGGGAUGACGGCUGGCGACCUUGCUCUCGACACCAGCUUCACCGUGCGGGAAGACGGGAGCGGGCACGCCACGGUAGCACCUCCCGCCCCAGAGGGCAGUCUCGCGGCGCGUGAAGUCACGACCCGUAGCGGCGGUUUCAAGAUCGACUACAAGUUUGCCAAAGGCAAGGGCAAAAUCGAAAAGGUGGACUUUGACUUCGAAAAGAUCGCUGGAGCUAUUGGCGACGACUGGGAGUCGAGGGCCGAACAAAUAAAAGGGAGAAACUAUCUCGCCACCAUACACGCCGGCAACGACAAUAUCUUCAACUUCCUCAUUCAGCCGAAAGACAAGGCUUUCGAGGUUAAGUACGAGGAAGUCAAAGACGAGUGGUUCCCCAAGUUCGACGUGGACGACAUCGAUUGGAAGGAAGGCGACCUGCUCGACAACAAAGAAAGAUCCUUCCAUCUGGGAUCACUUGUUUGA